CAAACCACACAUACAUAAUAAUUAAAAAAAAUAACUUUUUUUUUUUUUUCUCUAAUAAAAUUAACUAAUAUUAAAAUAAAAUAUUAAAUAAUAUAAAAUAUAAUAUAAAAUGUCUGUAUUAUCAAGAGAUGAAAUUGUAAAAGCUAUUGAAGCAGGUGAUAUCAAGAUAACACCAUAUGAUGAAAAGGCAAUUGGAUCAGCCUCAAUUGAUUUAACAUUAGGUAAUGAGUUUAGAGUUUUUAAAAAGAAUCAAGGUACCAUUGAUGUCACAGAGGCUACUAACUAUCAAGAUUUUUCAGAAAAGUUUGUUCUAGCUCCUGGCGAAACAUUCGAGUUAGAACCAGGUCAAAUGUGUUUGGGUAUUACCGAAGAAACUAUUGAUUUAUCAUCAAAAUAUUGCGGUUUAUUAGAAGGUAGAUCAAGAUUUGCUAGAUUAGGUUUAUUUGUGCAUAUUUCUGCUGGUUUCAUGAACCCUGGUAUCAAAAACAGACAGGUUUUAGAAAUUUUUAAUGCAUCAAGUAAUAAAUUAAAAUUGCACCCAGGAACCAAAUUCUGUCAAUUUGUUUUUAUGGAAUUAAAAGGAAAUGCAGUUUAUCACGGUAGAUUUGCAAAUAAUACUUUAUAAUAGAAUAGAAUAGUCAAAAGAAAAAUGUAAUAUUACAAUCAAUUUUAUUUAAAUGAUUGUGUC